AUGCUGAGCCGAGGCUAUUUUGUUUAUUAAGUUUGUGAUUUUGUUUACAAAAAUCCUAUUUCAAAGUUUGUUUCAAACUGUAGUACUUCUGAAACAUUAGACUUGUUUAUCGUUUCUAAGCAAAUUUUAUAUGUAUAAUCAAAAUAUAUACCGUGCUAAGGAAUUAGGGAAACAAACAUAAAAUAUUCUGUGUCCACUGUCUACCAACAAUACCAACAAGAUAGUCGAUGUGCGAUUUAUAUUAGAAAUGAAGAUAAACGAGAAGAAUUUAUCGGCUUUCGCAUCGUCGGCGACCCCGGUGGACCGUGAGGGAUGGUUAGAUAUGCGAAGCGAGGUCGGAAAGAGCUAUCAAAGACGAUGGUUUAUGUUGAAAGGAAAUCUCUUGUUUUACUUCGACAAACAAGGAGAAAAGGAACCUGUGGGUGUUAUUAUUCUGGAAGGAUGUACAAUAGAGCUCACUGAGGAGGAGUCGUACAGUUUUAAAAUAGUAUUUCAAUGUGAAGGAGGGCGCACAUUCUACUUGUGCACCAACUCUCAGGCCUCAAUGGAGGCUUGGAUGAAGGCCUUGGCUUGUGCGAGCUAUGAUUACAUGAAGCUUAUGGUUGCAGAGCUACAGCGGCAGUUGGAUGAGGCUCAAGCUGAAGAAGCUGCCGAGGCUCUGGUGACAGUGUCUCCGCCAGAGGAGGAGCCAAAAGUCCCACCACGAGGUCAGAGAUACAAUCCGUUCAACAAAGCACCUGAUGGCGAACCAAAGGCUGUGCCGGGCAGUAGACACCACAAAGAAAAUGCGAAACCGGAGACCCCUCGUAAGAAGACUACAUUUCGUGAUAUCCACAAAGCUUUUGGACGUAAGAUUCUGGCAGAUCGCAAUGAGUGGCGUGCGAUGGUACGACAGAGAGAGGAAGCUAAGAACAAACCACUUAUACAGUUAUAAUAAUCUAGCUUUGCAAACAAAACUGAUGAUUAAACAUUGACCACACAAGAUCUUAAAGUUCAAUAAUAUUAGACCAGUGGUCCCCAACCUUUUUUUCAUGCGGGCCACAAACAUGUUUUGGUCUUGGCGCGGGCCUCAACAAAAAUUUUUUAGGGUUAAAAAAUAACAUUCUUCAAAAUUAACGAUUUAAAAGUGGAAAAAUUUUAACGACUAUCACAUAGACUUUACGUUAUUUUGCCGGUGGGCGUGAAUUUCAAAAUAAUUGUUUAACAUCACGCGGGCCACAAAUAAAGUCCCGGCGGACAUUGGGGAUAGCGGUAUUAGACAGUAAUAUUCCUUUAAUAUUUUGUAUAGGAUACAAAAUAUUAAGGUAAUAUUAUGCUGCAUUAAAUAAUGUUCCUUUGAAGUUUUAAGAUGUGGUCAUUUGUCUUUUUCAUGAAAUGUAUUUAAACUUAAGUAUUUGUAUAACAAUUACCUAUUAGUAUUUUUGUACACAGUGUUUGUGACUAGUACGCACUUAUUCUUGCUUGUUAGUUAUACAAUUCACGUAUUGUUAGUUUUUAUGAGUUCCUGUUUAUUAUUAGAUAUAGUAUAUAGUUAUUUAAAUAUAGGCAUUCACAUGUCAUCUUGAAGAUAAUACAACCAACAAAAAAUGUUAAUAAUACUGUGAUAUCCCAAAAAUGUUAUUGGCUUGAUACAGUAUUACUUUGUUUUUGACAUUCCUUAUAAUCUUUAGAAUACAAUGAGCAUAUUAAAAUACAAGCUGUAAAACAUAUCUAAAGAUGUUCUCACUGUUUUAAACUGUUAAUUUUUAUUGUAUAUUUUAAUUUAUUAAUAUUUAGAGCUUUUAAGUAAAUAUUAAGUUGUCAAAUAAGUAACUCACUCGUCUUUAUAGUUACAGUUCAGAUGAAAUGUGGGAUGUGAAAACAAAAAACGUGAAAUUGUCUAAUGAUGUUGAAAAAAUAUUGUCGAUGUGAAAAAACGCAUUGUUUUUUGUUUAA